ACAGUUGAUAAUAUACCAGACUUUAUGAGCCUCGCUGGAACUCUCUAUGUCUGAUAUCAGGUGAGAUAAGUUGUGGUACAGUUGAUAAUAUACCAGACUUUAUGAGCCUCGCUGGAACUCUCUAUGUCUGAUAUCAGGUGAGAUAAGUUGUGUGACAGUUGGUAAUAUACCAGACUUUAUGAGCCUCGCUUUGGGAAAAUGGGGGUUAAUGCAUUUGCAUUAAGUUCUGUCAAAGAAUGCGCAGUAUGGGCAGGUUUAUCAGGAAUGACACUUUUCAUCUAAAUUGAAUUUUUUCAAAGAAGAGACUUCUAUGAACGAAAAAGUACACUGAAAGCAUGAUUAGCCUCUCUGGACUGAACUGCACAGGCUAAUCUGGGAAGACACUACGCUCAUGCAUUAAGCCCUGUUUUCCCAGAACAAAUCUCAUAUCCUACAAAGCAUAAGUUCUCUAUAGCAGAGCCUUGUAACAGAUUUAUAUAUAUGCGAGGGGUGUUCCAGAAGUUCGUGGAUUUUUGCUAUAACUUUCAUUUGGUAACAUAAAUGGAUAGACAAAUAGCAUGCUAAGAAUAUUUCGUCCUUUUCAAAUCUACUCUCCAAAUAUCAUGGAAUUACAUAAAACAAUAAAUAUAUUACAGAGAUUUAAACAUGUGCACAAUGCGCACACCGACGCACGUGUAAUGUUUCUGUUCAACGUCAAUGAAGUUAUGAAGUUAACAACUGUCAAAUCUUUUCCACAUAAUCACCUCCAACGCGAAUGCACUUCAUGUGUCGGGGAAAUCCACUUUUCAAAAGUGUCUCUAUACCAGUUAGCGUCAAAAGACGACACGAUUCUCUGUGCUGCAAUUGUAAGUUCCUGUGUACUUGCAAAGCGAAUACCGCGCAACUGUGAUUUAACUUCGGGGAAGACGCGGAAGUCCAUAGUGGCCAAAUCUGGACUGUAAGGAGGAUGACUGAGGCGCUGAAACCCGAUUACAUCUAUCUAUUACAUGACUGGGCCCUAUGCGCAGGUGCAUUGUCGUGGUGAAGUAUGACUGCUGAAGCAUCAAUCGUAGGUCUCUUUUUCCUUAGAGCAUUCAUUAAAUCCCGGCGAAGUACCUGCAGUAGGCAAAUCAAAGAAUUUUAAGUUUCAUGUAACUUUUUAAAAUUGUAAUUAAUUUAUUUUCUAUUUCAAAUACAAAUAAUUUUCAGUGAUAACAGAAUUGUCAAAAUAACAAUACAUAAUUCAAUAACGAAAUUGUAUUACCUUUUGAUAAUAUGUAGCAUUUAUCGUCUGACCUACGGGCACCUGGUGGAUAAGCAGCAUUCCCCGUCUAUCCAUGAAGAAGAUGAACAUAUGUUUUCCACCAGACUUCAUAACCUGGGCUUUCUUCGGCGGAGGACUUGCUGCUGUUUUCCACACUGCGGAUUGUGCUUUCGUCUCCGGAUCAUAAUGCCAUAACCACGUCUCAUCAAGUGUGACGAUAUGAUUCAAAAAGCGCUCUCCUUCUUUACGGUAUCUUCUCAAAAACUCUUCAGAGCACUGAACGCGUUUCUCUCGUUCUUUAUCAGGGAGGAGUUUUGGAACCCAUCGAGCACUAACCUUGCGCAUUUUGAAAUCCUCGGUGUGGCCUUUUUACCUGAUGGUGGCACAAUUCACAGAGUCACAGAUGAGGAUUUAGAGGCCAUUGCCAAGGGAGCUCCUCUGAAAGCCAAUGGUAGUGCAGGUGUUGAGUAUGUUAAGGACCGUGACAUCCGUCUGGCCAAGGACACUGCAGUGGCAUAUAACAUACAGGAGCUGGACAUAGACACAAACACUGGUGCUAUUCAACUGGUGCUGAAUGGAGAUAUUCAGCUUGACCAUGCACGUGAGGUGUUUGCCUAUUUUCUUGAAUUUGACCGCAAAAUGAGGUCAGAGGUCAAUAAGAAUCUCCUAAAGCUAAUGGAAUAUCCCGGUGACGUGGAUGUUAUUGCAGACUGGCUGAACAACAUUGAAGCAGGGCAAGAGGUGGAUAACUCUGUCAGCGACCUUGCCAAGAGAGUUGUGUCUCCUCGUGAAGUGUGGCAAUACGUACUGGAACAGGCUGGAUUCAGUGUUGCCGAGGACAGUUUGAUUAUCCCUAAGUCCACAGAGAGGGUGUCUUUGCUGGGAGAGUUCUUUGAUGCAGCCACAGUAGUGGAGGAGUCCCUAUUGGAGCUUGUCACAUCCUUGUCUGCUUCGAAUGCUGAGAAUAUGCUACUAGUGCUGAAGUCUGGCAUACAAAGAGCACCUGUCACGGACAAGAACAUAGUGGCUGAGGUUCUGAGUGACGAGACAAGUCACAAGAUGCUGGCACACCUGAAAUACUACCUGGAUGAGCCGGGAGUUAUCGUACCCCAAGCGGAGGUGUCGUUCUGCAUUGAUGCCUUGUACUGGAAAGUGUUUGCGCUAUACGGAAAAUAGAGAUACUCCAUUGACCAUUGGGUUUUGAAUGUGAUCCACACUUGCCAUUCUGCAUUGAUGUCUUGUAUUGGAUAGUAAUUGCUUUAUAGGGGAAGUAGAGACUUGCCAUUGAACAAUUUGAUUUGGAAUUUGAUCAAUAUUUGUGUUUUUGUCUGGAAAAGCGCGUCUGUUUGUUGUUUGGUGGCUAUCCCCAUUGAUUGGCAAUGAUUUGUAUGUGUUCCUUGUUUUGAUUUUGAAAUAAGAUGGCUGGAAAAAAAGAGAAUAUUAUUUUGCCAAAAAUGAGAUUUCAAUGUUGAUACUUUGCCAGGUACAUUUAUUACUUUGUGUAUUUAAGCUGGCAAAUAUACUCUUAAAUUAUUUCAAUUUAAUUCUUUCAAUUACGAAUUCAUAGUUUGCUGAAAUUGCAAUCAAUUGUAUGACCCAUAGUGCAAUCCAAACCAUAUGAACAUUUUGUUAAUUUUUUACAUUUUUAUGAAGAGUUUAUUGUGUAAUUGAAAUUUGUAUAUAUUUUCCUU